CAGCAGCACCACACACCCACGAUAUUCUCGUAGAUGUUCUCAUGUAGAAGACCAUGAAGUUCCUCUUGUAUUCCUUUAUGUUGAUGAAUUUGAUUUUGAAUGUGCAAGGGCAAGAACCUCCACGUGCAGUUUCAGUUUGUUCUUUCAGUCGUAUGUACCUACUAGUUCUUCUUGUUUUCUCUUUCUUUCUAUUAAUUUUCCGACUCCAAAGAAGCUGAACUACAACAAACACUAAGACAGCGAGGAAGAGGGUGCAUGUAGUUACAUUUUCCUUCUCGUCAAGUCUCAUGGUAGAGCAAAUCUCAGCAUGCUGGACUGCGCCGCAGGAAGAGGAGACUCGCGACCACCAGCACCCGCCAACAAGGACAGCACGAAGGGAUCAUCUGCAAAAAGAACAGCAGAGGUCCGCGCCGGCGCACAGAAAGGAGGGCAGAGCUGGGACGCCGAAUGCGUGCAGGAAGAAGAUUGGUACUAUAUUAGCAAUCACGAGCAGAGGACAACGACAACUUCGGGCACCUCCUUCUACGAAGCAAAAGCAAAAGAAAACAAGCGAGGUCGUUGUACUAAACAAGGAGCGAAAAUUGAGAAUCCAAGCGGUGCGUCGAAAAGCGAGGGAAAUAAGAGCAAAGGGACGAGUGCGCCAUCAGUCUUAGUACGACACGAUGAUGCUGCUCGCGGUAACGGUAACGACUCUUGGGGACCACGACGACACUUUGAGCCUGCGCCCCGGACUAGUACAGCGUCUAAGUCCACAACUACUACGACUUCGAGCUCCUUCUCGUCAAAAAAACCCCGUGCGUCGAACAAGAAUUGUGCUCAACACACGUCCUCCUCGGGCCAGUCGAAGGGUUCUUACACGGACGUGCUAGUGCGGCACCUGCCAAGCCCGGUGUCUGCCGACUUCGCUGCGCUGCUACUGCGCGUGUUCCCACAGCUUUGCCGCGUACAGGCUAUUCAGCUGGGGAUACCGAAAAAUCGUGUCAAGAUCUACUCAUUUCAGGAUCAACAUGUCGUCCGUGUCGACCACGCACAGCAGAUGCAGACCUCGAACUCCGCAGACGCCUCAAAAGUUUCUGCAAAAAAUAGCAUAAGUCGAGGAGCCGCCGGCGAGAAUUGCAAUUAUGCUGAACCUAGACCUUCUAACCGGCAGCAGAGAUGCUAUUACGACGACCCCGAUAAUCAUGUGGUAACCUCGUCAGAGUUUGACAGUCUUCCGUGCAGCAGCGCGCCCGAUGAUUUUCCUUGCGACGACGCUGAUUUCGCAGGCGGAGCGGUGUCUGGGGAUGAAAAGCCAGAGCCUGGUCGUGGAGGCAACUACCAUCGCCAGCAAAGUUGCGACGCUGAUCGGUGGUGGUCCGGAGCAUCACCAGGAUCACUGGACGGCCAAAAGGACGACGAUCUUCAUGAAGCGUCGAAACCAGCAGCAUGCGGUGACGAAAUAAUAACUUCUGUCGAUCUAGGUCUAGCUGCAGCAGCAUCUUGUGCAGCAGCAUCAGCAACCAAUGCCAAAAAAGCAAACAGGACUACGGAGCUGGCCAAUCAUGCAGAGAAACGUAAACAACAACAAGAGGAGGAGCAACAAACUCUUUGCAGUGAUUGUGAAACAACAACAAGUGCGGGUCGGUCUUCAACGAAUGCGACGUGUAGCUUGUUCUCUAGAAAUACUUCUGCAACUUCUAACCCGACGAUGACGUCGACAAGCACCAAAGCGACACCAUCUCGGUGCCUGCAACUAACCGCGAUGCCUCGCAACUUCGGGUUUAUCGAGCCCUGCCAGUGUGGCGCACAUAGCGAAGAUGUGCCGCCGCUUCUUGCCCAAAAGCAAGCCGAGGACAUGGUCGCGUUAGUCGAGAGUUGUUCGUUCGGCGUGGAGCACUCCGUGCGGUUUCUGUUCCCCCUCCCGGAGACCGAAGUGUUUCGAAAGGGCUUCGUCGAUGCCAUUCAGCGGCGGAGCAACCAGAAUUUAGUGGUUGGGGGGUCGUGGAAGAACAAAGGGAAUAAAGACCACCACAAGCUUUUCGAAGUGAAAGCCGUGACCGCCUACGGAAAACGGGGCGCUGCCAUGGCGGCGCGGAGGAAGAAAUCCAAUCUGGCCAAUCUUGUGGUUUUCCCCGGCUGCAGGGACCAGGCUUGGCGGAUCGACGAAGAGAUAAUAGAAGAUGAGGCCAAAAACGCAAUCGUCUUCUGCCGGUACAUGGCGAAGAGCCGGCUCUCGUGGGCUUUCCGCAAGCGACACGGGACGAUGUCGAGUCUGGACGCCCUCCGGCACGCGGCAGGACGCGUAUGAGAGCGCACAACUGCCCCUCCCCCUCAUUUGUAAGUAUAGCAUGAACGGCAAAAAUACAAGCACCAGCAAGAGAAGUGCCGGUUUUGCAUGACAAAUUUGCACUGGAGCGUAGUGCUAUUUGGGCUACCAGAACUUGUCAUGCAAACAGUGCCAACAGGCAAAGGGUGGAUUUUUAGGUAUUUUGCAUGCCAAAUGAGGGCAAGGGGGAGUUGUGCACUGUCAUAACGCGGGUACGGGGUGAACCGGUUUGCGGAAGAGGGGUUUGAGGUAACAAUAUCAAAAGGAAAAAUCCCCCCUCCCCAUAUCAAAACGACGUUUCUGAUGCUGGAUUUGCGUACACAAAUCAGAUUUGUCUUGCUAGAGACGACUGCAGGCAUAUGGUAAGCCUCAGUCGAGAGGUUUUGACGUAGGCGCCUAGCAUGACAAACGUGUAUGCCCUAAGCCCAACAGCAUCACAAACCGCCUGCAAAAUGCGGAACGCUUUCUGGACUUGCCUUCUUGCAAGACAGACAGGAUUUGAGGUCACAAAUGCGCAUCACAAAUUUUCAGACGGAUACGUUUUCGAUAUGGGGAGGGGGGAUUUUUCCUUACGAUAAACAAGCUCCAAAGACGGCUGCUUAGUUUUGAAGAAGACAGCUGAAGAUGAUGAUGCUAGCGCUACUAGCGAAGGAAGUGAGGAAGCGGGAGGUGAAGAUUUUGUCCAGGGCGACGAGCAGCAUGUUUCAACACCAUCUGCAGGUAGUAGAAAAAGGACCAGAAAUAGAAAAGGCUCAUCUUCAAAAACUGCUCAGUGUUCUGUGGUCAACGAGAACAAAAUUCGCCGUUCGCGCUCCACCUCCUGUGUCUCCUUUCCCUACCGGCUGGAGCGGCAAUUUGGUCUCUCCACGCUCGGCGCCCCGCCUCCCCAGUACACGUAUGAGCGGUGCUGGGACCGGGGCAACGCGGUCUGGCUGCACCAAUUCAUGCAGCUGUGCCGGAUUUCGAAAAAGGUGCGAAUCGAGGACCUGUACCGGAGUUUCCUGUUGAGGGAGGUGCCGCAGUGGAAAAUCCGCAGUUCGGAGGGGAGGACUUCUGUUGCGCAGACAGCGGGUUCAACUACAUCUCGGAAACAAAUAUAUACAAAAGCAAGACAGCAAAGCAGCAGCUGCAUGCUCAUCUGCUAG